UGCGCGAAUCCGGAAGUGACGCCCAGGAAGAGGAAGUGAAGCGGACCGGGCACCCAUGUGGGUUCUGAGCAUGUUUCUGCGUCUCUGGAAGCCGGUCUUGUGAACUCAUUUGAAGCCACCGCGUAGUCAACAUGGGUCGCACGGGGAAGUUGCCCUCCGGUGUCUCGGCCAAGGUGAAGCGCUGGAAGAAGGGCCACAGCAGCGACAGCAACCCGGCCAUCUGCCGCCACCGCCAGGCCGCCCGCAGCCGCUUCUUCAGCCGGCCCUCAGAAAAGAGUGACCUGACAGUAGACGCUGUGAAGUUACAUAAUGAGCUGCAGUCAGGGUCCCUGCACCUGAGCAAAAGUGAAGCCCCUGAGAUGGCCAUGGAAGAAGAAGAAGGAGUGGAUGCGGCUCUCAGUGAGAGGUCUUCAGGUACCUUCCUGAGUGGCCUGUCUGACUGCACGAAUGUCACCUUCAGCAAAGUACAACGCUUCUGGGAAUCUAAUUCAGCUGCCCAUAAGGAGAUCUGUGCAGUUCUGGCUGCUGUCACUGAGGUGAUUCGCUCCCAAGGAGGGAAGGAGACUGAAACUGAGUACUUUGCUGCUCUGAUGACAACAAUGGAAGCAGUGGAGUCCCCAGAAUCUCUGGCUGCCGUUGCUUAUCUGUUGAACCUUGUCCUGAAGCGGGUUCCCAGCCCUGUGCUCAUUAAGAAGUUCUCUGAUACCUCCAAAGCUUUCAUGGAUAUAUUGUCGGCCCAGGCCAGCAGCGGCUCCACUUCUGUCCUCCGAUGGGUCCUCUCCUGCCUGGCCAUCCUUCUGCGGAAGCAAGACCUGGAGGCUUGGGGUUAUCCCAUGACACUCCAGGUGUACCAUGGGCUGCUGAGCUUCACAGUGCAUGCCAAGCCAAAGAUCCGGAAGGCUGCUCAGCAUGGAGUAUGCUCAGUCCUCAAGGGCAGUGAACUCAUGUUUGGUGAAAAGGCUCCUGCCCAUCAUCCUGCUGCUGUUUCUACUGCCAAGUUCUGCAUCCAAGAAAUUGAGAAGUCUGGAGGCUCCAAGGAGGCCACCACCACACUGCACAUGCUGACACUGUUGAAGGACCUGCUUCCCUGCUUCCCAGAAGGCCUGGUGAAGAACUGCAGUGAGACUCUCCUCAGGGUCAUGACCUUGAGCCAUGUGCUGGUGACAGCCUGUGCCAUGCAGGCCUUUCACAGCCUCUUCCAUGCCAAGCCCAGUCUGAACACCCUUUCAGCAGAGCUCAAUGCCCAGAUCAUCACGGCCUUGUACGACUACGUUCCUAGUGAGAAUGAUUUACAGCCCCUGCUGGCCUGGCUUAAAGUCAUGGAGAAAGCCCACAUCAACCUAGUCAGGUUGCAGCGGGACCUGGGACUAAGCCACCUCCCUCGCUUUUUUGGAACUGCAAUGACCUGCCUCCUCUCCCCGCACUUGCAGGUUGUGACAGCUGCCACCCAGAGCCUCAAGGAAAUUCUGAAAGAGUGUGUGGCUUCCCACAUGGCUGACAUUGGUUCUGUGACCUCCUCGGCCACCGGCCCUGCCCAGUCCAUUGCCAAGAUGUUCAGGGCAGUGGAGGAGGGCCUGACGUACAAAUUCCACGCAACAUGGAGCUCAGUGUUGCAGCUAUUACGUGUCUUCUUUGAGGUUUGUGGGAGGCAGGCUCAUCCUGUGAUGAAGAAGUGCCUCCAGUCCUUGUGUGACCUGCGCCUCUCCCCUCAUUUCCCCCACACGGUGGCUCUGGACCAGGCAGUGGGGGCUGCUGUGACUAGCAUGGGGCCCGAGGUGGUAUUGCAGGCCGUGCCUUUGGAAAUUGAUGGCUCUGAAGAGACCCUAGAUUUCCCACGGAGCUGGCUGCUGCCUGUCAUCCGGGACCACGUCAGGGAAACCCGACUUGCUUUCUUCACCACCUACUUCUUGCCACUGGCCAACACUUUGAAGAGCAAAGCAAUGGAACUGGCCCAGGCAGAUAGAACAGUGGAGUCCAAGAUCUAUGACACGCUUCAGUGGCAGAUCUGGACCCUCCUGCCUGGGUUCUGCACGAGGCCCACAGAUGUGGCCACUUCCUUCAAAGGGUUGGCACGGACGCUGGGCAUGGCCAUCAGCGAGCGCCCAGACCUGAGGGUUACUGUAUGCCAGGCCCUUCGUACCCUCAUCACCAAGGGCUGUGAGGCAGACACUGACCGUGCUGAGGUGAGCCGCUUUGCCAAGAAUUUUCUGCCAAUCCUCUUCAACCUAUAUGGCCAACCUAGUGCAGCUGGGGACAUUCCAGCUCCUCGCCGGGCUGUGCUGGAAACCGUCAAAACUUACCUCACCAUAACCGAGUGUCAGUUGGUGAAUGGUUUCUUGGAGAAAGCUAGUGAGAAGGUGCUUGACCCUGCCAGCUCCGACUUCACCAGAUUAUCUGUCCUGGACCUGGUUGUGGCCUUAGCUCCUCAUGCUGACGAAGCCGCCAUCAGCAAGCUCUAUUCUACCAUGCGGCCCUACCUAGAGAGUAAGGCCCACGGGGUACAGAAGAAGGCCUACCGAGUGCUGGAGGAGGUGUGUGCCAGCCCCCAGGGCCCUGCGGCCAGCUUCGUGCAGAGCCACCUGGAGGACCUGAAGAAGACCCUGUUGGACUCCCUGCGGAGCACGUCUUCGCCCGCCAAGAGGCCCCGUCUGAAGUGCCUCAUACAUAUUGUGAAGAAGCUCUCAGCUGAGCACGAGGAGUUCAUUGCUGCCCUAGUCCCAGAGGUGAUCCUGUGCACCAAGGAGGUGUCAGUGGGUGCACGCAGUAACGCUUUUACCCUGCUUGUGGAGAUGGGCCAUGCUUUCCUGCGCUUUGGCCCAAACCAGGAAGAGGCCUUGCAGCGCUACCUCAUUCUGAUCUACCCUGGCCUCGUGGGCCCCGUGACCAUGGUCAGCUGCAGCAUCCUGGCCCUCACCCACCUCCUCUUCGAGUUUAAAGGUCUGAUGGGGACCAGUACGGUGGAGCAGCUGCUGGAGAAUGUGUGCCUGCUCUUGGCCUCCCGCACCCGAGACGUGGUCAAGUCUGCCCUGGGCUUCAUCAAGGUGGCAGUGGUUGUCAUGAAUGUGGCACAUCUGGCCAAGCACGUGCAGCUGGUGAUGGAAGCCAUAGGGAAGCUUUCAGAUGACAUGCGGCGCCACUUUCGCAUGAAGCUCCGGAACCUCUUCACCAAGUUCAUCCGCAAGUUUGGAUUUGACCUGGUAAAGGGGCUGCUGCCCCAGGAGUACCAUAAAGUCCUGGUAAACAUCCGGAAAGCCGAGUCCCGGGCCAAGAGACAACGUGCCUUGAGCCAGGCUGCUGUGGAGGAGGAAGAAGAGGAAGAAGAGCCUGCCCAGGGCAAAGGUGACAGCAUUGAAGAGAUCUUGGCUGACUCGGAGGAGGAGGAGGAGGGCAGUGAGAAGGAGGAAAGAAGCCGGGGCAGGGAGCAGCGGAAGCUGGCUCGACAGAGGAGCCGCGCAUGGCUGAAGGAGGGUGGUGAGGAUGAGCCCCUCAAUUUCCUGGAUCCGAAGGUGGCCCAGCGAGUCCUAGCCACACAGCCCGGGCCAGUCCAGGGCAAAAAGAAGGACCAUGGCUUCAAGGUGAGCGCCGAUGGCCGGCUGAUCAUAAAGGAGGAGGAAGAUGAUGACAAGAUGGAAGAAGAAGGUGCUAAAGGUGAGGAUGAAGAUAUGGCUGACAUCAUGGAAGAUGUGGGCGUCAGGAGUAAAAAGCACCAGAGACUUAAGCGUCAGAAAGAGGCUGAUGAGGAGGAGCUGGAGAUGCCUCCUCAGUACCAAGCUGGAGGCACUGGCAUCCAUCGCCCUGUGGCCAAAAAGACUAUACCUGGUGCAGAAUACAAGGCCAAGAAAGCAAAGGGUGACGUGAAGAAGAAAGGUCGGAUGGAUCCCUAUGCCUACAUCCCCCUCACUAGAACCAAGCUCAAUCGCAGGAAGAAGGUGAAGCUGCAGGGACAGUUCAAAGGCCUGGUGAAAGGUGCCCAGCGAGGUUCCCAGGUGGGACACAAAUUCCGCAGAAAGGAUCGUCGGCUCUGAGGCCCAGGGCUCCCUGGCUGCUCUGCAGUCCAGUCCCUUUUCAGCCCCCAAGCUUCCUUGAAACUAACUCCAGGCACUUGAGACUGUCAGAGCCUGCACUCUGGAUGACUUGCUGGAACCAAGGCUUGGCUUCCAGAGAGAUGCCUUGAAUUUUGGAAGCUCUAAAUGGGAAUCACCUUUUAGAGACAUCCCUGGUACCUGGAAACAGGAAUGUGGUCUUACUGCCUCUGAGUAGACUCAGCAAGGUGGCUUUGUUUUCUACCCGGAGUGGCCAUGAGCAACAGAGUGAUGGUCUUCAAUUUCCUUCAGCUGCAUGCAGCUGUGUGGCACUCUUGACCUGGCAGUGGUCUAGAUAUAUGAGGUUUACUGUGACCAGAUGUAAAAUAAAUGUGUGUCACCAUGCA